AUGUCAUUGAAGGUGCAGACGAGCAACAUCACAAACAAGAAUGACCCCAAGUCCAUCAACUCCAGAGUCUUCAUUGGCAAUCUCAACACAGCCGUGGUCAAGAAGUCCGAUGUGGAGACCAUUUUCUCCAAGUACGGCCGCGUGGUGGGCUGCUCCGUUCACAAGGGCUAUGCCUUCGUACAGUACUCCAACGAGAGGCACGCGCGGGCCGCCGUCCUGGGCGAGAAUGGGCGGGUGCUUGCUGGCCAGACACUGGAUAUCAACAUGGCCGGGGAACCUAAACCCAACAGACCGAAAGGGCUGAAGAGAGCAGCCUCCGCGUUGUACAGCGGCUACGACUUUGACUAUGACUAUUACAGAGACGACUUCUACGACAGGCUCUUCGAGUACCGGGGCCGGGUCUCUCCGGUGCCCAGGGUGGUUCCUGUGAAGCGGCCGCGGGUCACCAUCCCCCUGGUCCGCCGUGUGAAGGCGACACUCCCCGUCAAGCUCUUCGCCAGAUCGGCUGCCAUCGCCAACAGCUCGGCCAAGCUGAAGCUGAAGUGCAGCGAGCUGCAAACAAUCAAAACUGAGCUGACACAGAUCAAAUCCAACAUCGAUGCUCUCCUGGGCCGGCUGGAGCAGAUCGCUGAAGAACAGAAGCUGUCCGCAGAGGUACGGAAGAAGGCGGAUGGCAGCAAAAGCGAAAUCUCGCAGGAAGACACGGCAUCAGAGGCAGAGGUCAACACAGAGGAGCCGCUGAACGGGGACGAGGGUGAGGAAGAGGGUCUCGCACGGGAUGAGUGUGAAGAAGAACUGGAGAACAGCCAUUACACAGACGUGGAGGAUGCCAGGCUACAGUAACCAGCCCAUUCACAACAGCAGUGAGCAACAGAGUGAGGAAAGCACGAGCCUAAACCCCGUCCUGGCACGCUGAGCAAGAACAAGCUGAAUGGAAGUGCUGCUGUCAUCUCUGCCUGGUAUUCAAAAGGAGAAACAUGGCCUGACAUCUUCCACCCAUCUGUAAAGCAAAGGCAAAGCCAAACUCAUCAUCCCAGUGAAUCCCCACUACCCCGUGCAACGGAUU